AUGCCUUUGCGUGCUCUCUGGUCCAUAUUGCUGCUUGUGGGGCUUUGUCGAAGCCAGAGCUGUUAUUUUCCAGACGGAAGCCUCGCCGAUGGGUAUACUCCAUGUUUCUCAGGAAGCAGCGGGUCACCAUGUUGUAAGCCCGACUCUGUCUGUCUGACAAACGGCUAUUGUAUGGGGGUGGCCUUUCCGCCAUACACGCUUUAUCGGGGGGCCUGCACCGACAUUAAAUGGUCUCCCUCAACGGCAUGUAGAGAUGUCUGUUCUGGAGCUAAUACUCGAAUGAAUGCAUGCUCUAUCGUUCUUUACAGCAACGUCGAGGGCAACGCCUGGUAUUGCGCGAACUCCAUCGUCGCCAAUUCAUCCACCAGCGUAGGCUGCGCCAACAAUCUCGACCCCUUUCAGAUACCUCUUGGCAAAAUAGUUCUCAACAAAGCUGCCCUUGCCAACACUUCCUGCUCUGCUGAACCCACUGCGACGGUAACCAUUGGGGCUGCGUCUAGUUCCAGCUGUCCGACAAACAGUGCCAGUGUCACCGAUACAAGCAUAUCCAACCGUGGAACAGGGGACUCCAGGACUGUCGCCGUUGGUGUAGGCGUUGGCGUUUCGCUUGGAGUUUUGUCUCUGGUUUCACUGAUAUGGGCCGUCUACGAGCGGAGAAAGCGACAACAGCUGAUGAAUUCGACCCCUCCGACGGUGCCGAUGAACUCAGACCCAUACACACAGAUAAUGGUUGGAAAAGGAACUCCAGUCAACAGCGAACCUCACGAGCUGUAUAACCAACCUCACGAAAUGGAGCCAUAG